CCCGGAUUUGACCUGUUCGUGCUACUGGCAGGAACACGUAGCUAGCUAACAAAGCUUGAAAUGCAACAUCUCAAGGAAAAAGGUCCAUUUCUUCCCCCAGCGUCUCUGCGUCUUUUGGUUCCUCCGCUGCGGCUGGUGUCUGCAGCUCUAUGGCAGGUUGUUCAGCGGAGAGACGUCAUGGACUACGGCUUGGUGGAGGAGUUUGUCGUCACUGUGUUGGACGUAGUCCCAGAUCUGAUGAGUUACAGAGAGAAAGUCCAACUCAUCAUGGGUCUGAGAGCACAGCUGGUUCUGAAGUUGUUGUUCUCAGAACACCUCGCGGACUCUGACACCAUCCAGUCACACCUGAAUAGGAUGAAAACCUGUAGCAUCACUCAUAGGGACAACCAGAUUUGUGAUCUUGAGGUGGAGGCAUCAGAAUCCAACUUCCUGAAGCUGAUUAAAACGCUGCUGGAAGACCCAGUUGAGAGGGAACGCUUCUUUCAGAACGUUUUUCCAGAGGAAUUUGGCUCAAAGUAUCACUCCGCACUGCAGACUCUGGUGUGGGAGUUCCUCUCCAGACUGGAGAAGCUGCUUCCAAUACCGACCCUUCAACAGCAAUCCGACUGUGUGAAGAAUCCACUUGAACGCCUCUCCAACUGGGAACUACUUGUGAAGGAAACGUAUCUGUCAUCUCUGAGCUUCCGGCUUCUGCCACAUGCGGAACUCUGACGUCACAAAGGAAAUCACCUUUGAUAACAGCAUUUUUUUUGGCAGUUAAAUGCAACAACAAAACAUUAUUUAUGAAACCAUUUAAACAAAAAAAAAUCUAUUAAUAUGUUUUUUUGAAAAUAAGUUAGUGAGCAGGUUGCUGUACAUUCAGUUUGUGGUUGACACAGCUUUGCCAUCCAGCCAAUCGGCGUUUUCUAAAUUGGUUUAAAGCAUGUGAAUGUACUCAACUCGUUGCGCCCAGUUUCCCAUUUGUCAUGAAGGCAGCAUAAAGCACGCGCAUGGGAAGUGGCGCAGGUGCAUGCCAUUACGGUUUGGAAUGGAGACUUCAACUUACGAUUUUAAUGAGGUUAUCAAUUAGUCUAUUAGACCAAUGUCAAUGGGGAUGUUUCCAAAUGCAAUAGACCUUAUACCACCCGUCGCAUAAAUAAGGCCAAUUAAGUACGACAUGAAUGGUUUAAAAAAAAUUGUCUUGCACAAUUGUCCAUGGCUGUCUAAUUGCAACGAUCCAGAACUUUCUGAGAGUUGAUUAAAUAUUGUCGGGUUCUCUGAUUGGAGGAAUCACUGAAGACUGAAACGCCUAUAAAAUGCUGUUUUAACAGAUCUCUCAGUGGGCAGAUGUUCCAUUGGGUACGUUGUUGGGGAGGGAUGAUGCACUGUCCAGUUUCAAGCACACGUGUAGAAGUCUGAAUACUGCGGCUCGUGCCAGUAAACUCGUAAUUCAGCCAACUCUGAAAAGAGCACUAGUCAUUUUGAUUUGUGAUAUACACUAAUCAGAUGUAUUUUGUCGGGUAAAUUAGAUUCCUGUUGGGUGGUUCUUAUCAACAGACUAAAACCUUUCUACAUUUUCCACAACAAAAAACUGCUUCUUUGAGUUAAUUUUGAAUUAAGUUAAUUUUGAAUUCUCCAUAUUGAAUGAGUUCAUUUUGAAUUCUCCCUAUUGAAGGAGUUCAUUUUGAA